AUGCGCUUUGCGCAUUCGUAUUUAUUGACAUUCGCUCAAACUGGCGCGAGGCACGGCCGUCGUCGAUAUGUGACUGAUUUCCAUCUAUUAAUUCAUUUUCUUCUUCUUCUUCUUCUUCUUCUUCUUCUUCUUCUUCUUCUUCUUCUUCUUCUUCUUCUUCUUCUUCUUCUUCUCUCACAUUCUCUCUCUUACUCUCCCCUCUUUAUUUCUCUUUAUUUCACUCUUUUCUCUCUCUUUACUCUCCCUGACUCUCUCUCUUUCUCGUUCUCAGACUCUCAUUCUCUCUCUCCAUAUUUCUUUCUCUUUUUCUCUUUCUCACUUUAUUUCUCUCUCACUCUUUCUCUCCCUCACUCUCUAUCUUUCCCUCUCUCUAUUUCUCUCACUCUCACCAUUUCUCUCUCACCUCUCUAUUUAUCUCUCUUCGUUCAUUUUGUUUUAGAAUAUUCCUUGGUCUACGCCAAUCACCGUCAUUUUUAUCAUGAGUUUGUUUCUUUCUAUCUUUUAACUUUUUUCAUUUUCCUUUUUAUCGAUUCCUUUGUUUAUCGUUUUUUUCUUUUUUUCAAUUUACGCUUUCUUCCGGUUUUAGUUUUAUUUAUUUUAUCUAAUUAUUUAUUUAUUUUAUUUAGCUUCUUGCUUAUUUUAUUUUCGUUAUUUCUUUCUCAAUUUUCUUGUCCAUCUUUCUUGCGUUCUUUCUUUCUUUCUUUCCUCUCUUGUCUUCUGCUAUUUUCAGUCGUUCUUUCUUUCUUUCUUAGUCAUCGUCUUCUUUCUUUCUUUCUUUCUUUCUUUCUUUCUUUCUUUCUUUCUUUCUUUCUUUCUUUUCCUCCUACAUUCCGCUCCCUCUCGACCUUUCUUUCUUUCUUUCUUUCUUUCUUUCUUUCUUUCUUUCUUUCUUUCUUUCUUCACCCAUUGUCUUUCGUUCGUUCUUUUAUUCUUCCCUCUUUUUUAUUUUCUUUCCUUCAAUUUUAUUCUCAUUUUUCUUCUGUCUGUCUUUCAAUCUCUAUCUCUGCUUUCUUUCUUUCUUUCUUUCUUUCUUUCUUUCUUUCUUUCUUUCUUUCAUUCAUUCAUUCUUUAUUUUUCGGUGUUUACUUUAAUUCUUAUUUUUACUAUAUAUUCUUUCUUUUCUUUCUUUUUUCUGUUUCUUUCUUUCUUUUCUUUUGCUAUAUUUCUUUCUUUCUUUCUAUUUUUCUUUUAUUAUUUUCAUUAUAUCUUUACUCUUUCUCUCGAUUCUUCCUCCACCUUCAUCGUUUUCAUUUUCGCUUGCUUUUAUUGAUCCCCUUUCUUUCUUUCUUUCUUUCUUUCUUUCUUUCUUUCUUUCUUUCUUUCUUUCUUCCUUCCUUCCUUUCUUUCUUUCUUUCUUUCUUUCUUUCCGCUGUUGUCUUUCUUCUAAUUUUUUCACUCGUUCUUAUUUCCUUUCUUUCUCACUUUUCUUCAUCAUCAUCUUUCUUUCUUUCUUUCUUUCUUUCUUUCUUUCUUUCUUUCUUUCUUUCUUUCUUUCUUUCUUUCUUUCUUUCUUUCCGCUGUUGUCUUUCUUCUAAUUUUUUCACUCGUUCUUAUUUCCUUUCUUUCUCACUUUUCUUCAUCAUCUUUCUUUCUUUCUUUCUUUCUUUCUUUCUUUCUUUCUUUCUUUCUUUCUUCUUUCCGCUGUUGUCUUUCUUCUAA